CUUCAGGCUUUCCUAUAGAUCCACCUAGACCUUCACAAGCAGUAGAAUCAGAUGCAGAUGGCCAUGUGAAUCAUCACAAGAGAGCCUCCCAUUCAGGGCCGCUGGCUCACAGGGCUGCAUGGGCAAAGUCUGGGAAAAACCAGGAUGAUCCUUCAAAAGUUUCGACCGGGCCUAAUCUGCCAAUGAUGUCAGGUUUAGUGGCAGCAAGGAGAAAUAAUCUUUUACCUGAAGAUAGCAGAGAAAGAUCUGGUUCUUCGCAAUCCGAAACUCCAAAACUAAUUGCAAGAUUUCCAGGGUCUUUCAAAGAGGCCUCGGAAUCUUCUAUCGGACAGGACCCAGAACAUAAUGUGCAGCAGAAGGAAGAUGGAAGAAGAAAUACCAAAGAUUCAGUUCUGCUUGGUUAUGGAUCGAAGGUUCAGAAAAUUCACUAUUCAGGUCCAUUAUUAGUUCCAUCAGGCAACACAGAUCAAAUGCUCAAGGAUCACGAUCGUCAAAUCCAAGAAGCUGUUCGGCGAGCACGUCUCGAUAAAACAAUGAAGAGAAAAGUUCAGUUACAAGGGAACCAAUUAUCAACCACUUCAUUAUUUGUUUCUGGUCGUUGAACUGAAUUCUGUACAACUGCAAAUCAAAGUUGAGCAUCGUCAAGAUGAUCACUGCAAAUAUAUUUUUUGUAUAGGAUGGUGCUUUGUUACUCGAACUCUUGCAUUAGU